AGUUAGUACAGCGCAACCUGUGACCAGGGAAGCAUAGUGUGAUAGAUAGAUAGUUUGUGACCUUGCCCUGCUACUGUAUAAGGGUUCUUUAGUUAUAGACUCACUAAACCAAUUUAAACAUUGGAUUUUUGAGACAAGAGUCCAGCGGAUGGUGGAUUGCAGAAUAAAUUGUUGAUGCAUAUUUCAAGUGAAAGUUGUAUCUCAACAACUACUUCUCAUUCUACUUUAUGCUACACAACCCUGUGUCAUGAGUGUGUAUGGUGUGUAGUCCUCCUGGACGCUCUUCUUGGAAUCCGUCAAGGCCGGUGGUCAGUGUACAGUGUACAUUUCAGGCUCCCAAAACUAUUCGCGGAUUUUCUGAGAAAUUUCCCGCCCAAUUUCUGGAAAAUCAUAAACGUUAUAUGACAGGCUGGUAAACAGGAUACAGCAUUCUCAAACAUUAGAAGGAAACAGAUAAAUAACCUGAAAAGGAAAAAGUGAGAUUCUAGUUGAUGAAAAGUGAAAUAAGAUGUCAAUGGCGCGGAUUCAUGAAGAACGAGGAGUGACGAGAAUAUGUGUCAACUCCAGUAAUCCUGAUAGUGAGACAGAAGAUACAUUUAGUGUGAGCAGUUUCAGUAGUACAACGUCAUCAUUAAACCCCUCCAGGGCGGAACAUGGCGGAUUUUUGAAAGCGCGGCAUGCUAAAAAUGCUGCGGAACGAUCAGAAAAUGGCGGGAAAAAUUAUUUUCGUGCCAAUCCAAUUCAAGUGUUGCAAAAUGGAGACGAAACCCCGACAGAUCUUAAUAGAUCUAUCAGCAUGAGUAACCUAAGUCUAGCUGCUAAUAGUCCCAGCCCCUCAACUGCUCGGGAGAUUCGGAGUAUCACAAAUAAUUAUCAAAAAUUAUUAAACAAGGCAACUCAUGAGAUCCGUAAGCUGAGUUCUGAGAAACAUGAUCUAGAGCUUGAGAUGGAAAAGCUUCUAGAAGCUAACGUAGAACUCGCCACAGAGAGCAAGAAGCUUCUAGAGAGUAAUCGAGACUGGAGAGCUGAGAGGGUUGGAUUGAUGAAAGCUAAUCAAGAAUUCGUAGACGAGGUUGAACGGCUUUAUCGAGAGGAAGAAAUCUGGGAAGAAGAAAAAUCCAAGAUGGCCGAAGAAAAGAAAAUGGCCGAUCAUCAGCUGACAGAGGAGCGCAAAACGUGGGCAGAAGAAAAAUCGAAAUUAGAGAAAAAUAUUGCUGAGCUGGUUCAAUCCGUCAAAAUUUUAUCAAUGGACAAUGAUAAGCUUAUUCAGGAAAGAGAAUCACACGAAAAACAGUCGUCUAAGUCAAAUCAGGAGCUUAAAGAAGAGUAUGAAGAAAAUCUGGUAAAAUUGCAGGCUACAGUUUCAAAUCUCAAUGCCCAGGUUGUGAAUGAGAGUGAAGAACGUGAAAGAUUAGAGCAAGAACUAGAAUCCCUUGCUCUAGAACUGGAGAAGAAGGCAGAACUAGCAAAGGACAGGACUAUAAAGUUUGAGCAGUUGGCCCGUAGAGCAGAAGAUUUAUCUGCUCAACUAUUCGAAACACAGAUGGCGAAAGAUCAGCUUAGUGGAGAUGUUGAGAAAAUGUGCAGGGAAGAAAAGAAAAUGAAAGUGGAAAUAGAUCAGUUGAAAGUAGAGAAAGAAUGGCUGGUUUCUAGAGGGAAAGACAACAAGAAUUCUGGAGCCGUUAAUGAAGAGGAGGCAGAGAAACUAAAACAAGAACUCAGAGCAGAGAAAGAGAAGGUGCUAAAUCUUUGUACCUGGAAGGGUCAGCUUGUCAAUAAAAACAAGGAACUCCAGGCAGAAAACGAAAAGUUACGGUCGCGAGCAGAGGACCUGGAGGCUCUCAUGAACGAGGAGGUUCAGGAUAUCAACGAGCUCAUUGGGGUCAUCAACAAUAUACAGAGUUCAACUGGACAGAUUGUGGAUCCUAGCCUACUGAAGAAGAGGUAUCUGAAAUAAAAAGCAGAAAUGUUCCCGCCAUAAUGAAUAUAUUUGAAAAUUUAAUCACUUAAAAAAUGUUCGUAUAUACUUUAGAGCUAUAUUUUUUACAAAGGUACCUAUUCAUCAUUAUUUUUGAAAAUUCUUUUAUCUAUUUUGUCGUAAAAAUUGUAAAAAAACAAACUUUUAUGAUGCAUUUUUCGAUGUGCCAAUCUGUACAGUAUUUAUGGUAAUAAAAUAUUUGACACAUUA